AUGAAUAUAAAUUCAUUAAUAUUAAAAGAAUCACAAACAUCUACAUCACCAUCAAAGGUUACUGCAUAUGUUUCACCAUUGGUAACCUCUAAACAUCAAUCAUCAAGAUCAACAUAUAACUCAUCCCCAACACCAUUUUCACCAAUUUCUCCAAUACCAUCACAAUCACCAUCACCAUUCCAAAUUUCUCCAAUUGGUUCACCAUCACCAUUACCAUCACCAAUUAUAUUAAAUCCAUUUUUAAAUAAUUUUGAUGAAACAAACAAUUAUAAUAAUAAUAAUAAUAUUAAUAAUUAUAAUAAUAAUAAUAAUUAUAAAACAACUAAUACCACAACUACAACAAUAUCCACUAAUUUUAAUAAUAAUUAUAAUUAUAAUUAUGAAUCAAUACAAGCACCAACACCAUCAUCAUCAUCACCAUCAUCAUCAUCACCAUCAUCAUCAUCAUCAUUGUCAAAUUUCAACGUCAGUAAUAAUAAUAAUAAUUAUAAUAAUAAUCAAACAAAUUAUAAAUGCAAACAUAUUAAUUGUGAAUAUUUAAAAAAGUCAUUCAGUACUGAACAAGCAUUAUCAAGACAUAAUGGAUAUGAUCAUAAUUGUCCACCAUCUUGUAAUCAAUGUUUAAAAAAUCAAAAUAAAAAAAUCAGAAAUAAUAAUAAUAAUUAUUUUAAAAACAAUUAUAAUAAUUUUGAUUAUUAUAAAAAUAUUGUUAAUAAUAAUAAUAACAGUAAUAAUAAUAAUCCAUGUCAUGUUAUUGUACCACAUGUAUCAAAUACUCACAACCAUCCACAAGAACAACAACAACAACAACAACAAUCUCAAAUAAUUUCAUCAAAUCCAAACCAAAAUUCAAAUCAAUUUAUUGAUUCUCAACAAGGUUAUGUUAACUUUAAACUUGAUUCCACAAAUAAAAAAUUAAAAACUACACAUUCUGUAAAUUUAAACAAUAGCCAAUAA